ACACUGGUCUAGUGUUGUAUCAAGGAGAAUUUUAAGCCACAACUUGACCUAGAUAAUUAAAAUUUAUAUACAUUGUUACGUAUGUUUAAAUAAAUCAUACAUUUGAUGUCAUUUUCCUCGAUUUUGAUGUGAAUUUCAUCUAUCCUACCAUAGUCUAAAAUCGUUCAUCUUGUCAAUUCGUUAGGUAUUUGUAUUUGAACUUAACACACAGGGAAAACUCUGCAUUGACGUCACUACACUACUUCCGGCGUAGAAAAACAGUGCAGAAUACAUUUUUCUACACUUUUGAAUAAAAAAACAUUUCUGAAGGCCAACAUGAAGCAGCCAACAAUGAAAGAAGUGUUUGAACAAUGCCAGAACAGUAUGAAAAGUCACAGUAACCUGUUGAAAUAUAUGGAAAAAUUGUAUGACAAGACUGAGUUUAGCAAAUUUUGGUCAGAUUUUAAUCACUAUCUGAAGUAUCCUAUGAUUGUAUUUCAACGUGAGCCUGUUGUUGAGAGGACUAUAGAUUUUAUCGCCAAGUUUGUGACCUCUGUUAAUCCUGAUCCUGAAGCACCUGGUACUGAUAAGGAUGACUCUUUACUGGAUGAAGUAUCACAGAACAGAUUAUUGUUAAACAUGUUUGAAUUUCUUUUGAAGUCUCAUAAUGUAAAUUCAAGAGCAGUAAGAUUCAGAUGUUGUCAGCUGAUCAACAAAAUUCUGAACAAUCUUGGUGAUGAUGCUCAGAUUGAUGAUGACCUAUAUGACAAGAUAUAUCAGUGCAUGCUUGAACGAUUACGAGAUAAAGAACCUGUUGUCAGGUUUCAUGCAGUCAUGGCGUUGGCUAGACUUCAAGAUCCUAAGGAUGAAAAUUGUCCAGUUAUUAAAGCAUACCUGUUUUUAAUCCAGUCAGAUCCUAAUCCAGAAGUAAGACGUGCUGUGAUGUCCUGUAUAGCCCCCUCACCUAAGACACUGCCAGCUAUCCUAGAGAAAACAAGAGAUGUUAAAGAUACAGUUAGAAAGACAGCUUAUAAUGUAUUGGGUGAAAAAGUUCAUAUCAAGGCCCUGUCAAUAGCUAACAGAGAAAGACUUUUACAAGAGGGCCUGACAGAUAGAAUUGAGAGUGUAAAAGAAGCUUGCUCUUCCAAACUACUACAGGCUUGGCUGAGAACAUUUGGUGGCAAUGUUUUGGAGCUCCUUGGUGCACUUGAUGUAGAGUAUGCCACAGGCACAUGUGAAUUGGUUCUCAACACAUUGUUCAAGCACACAUCAACUGCAGAAUUGAUUAAAAAUUUCGAUAUCUUGAAUGAGAAAGUGUUGAUUCCACAAGAGAAGUUGAAUGCAGAGAGUGUUAUGUAUUGGAAUAUGUUGUGUAAACACAUUCAUGGUCUUGGAACAGAUUUUGAUGCUGAUUUAGAAAAAGUUCUGCCAAAUUGUCUGGAAUUUUCAACCUAUAUCAAAGAAUAUGUUGAUACCUUGAAAGGCUGUGAUGAUAUCGAUAUACAGUUACAGAAACAGUUUGUCAUACAACAAUUGUUAGCUAUUACUGUUUACAUGGAUUUGGCAGAUACAGUGUCACGAAAAGCAAUGGAAAACUUAUUGAGUUCUAUGUUAACUGCAGACCAUGUGGCUUUCAAUCUGGUAAAAUUUAUCAUUCCUCGACUGUGUGAGAUAAAAGACUACUCUGAUAGUUUGGUCAACCAGAUGGCAGUUACGAUAUCAGAUAUCCGUGAACCAAUCACGACUGUGGAGAAAGAUGUCAAUGAGGAAAUGAGAAGACAGAAUGACCUCAAGGUUGCAGGUAUUCGUGUUAAAAUCAAUCAGUUAAAGGAAGAUAUGGAUGAAAGUAUUCGCAGUCAGGAUUUCUCCAAAGCUGCAGAGAUCAAAGAGUCAAUCAAAGGUCUGGAUGAAGAAAGGGAUAAGGUUUUGAAAGAUAAUGAACCACAGACAGAAGAGGUCAAGUCAGAAAAGACUGACGUAGCAACAUUACUGAAAUGUCAGGCCAUUGUAGCUGAGAUGUUAGAAGCAUUACCACUGAAGACACUGAACCCAACUCUUCAGACUUUAAUAGAAACUUUGAUAUUACCAGGAAUAAUGAAUGAAGAUGCAGGAAUAAGAAACAUGGCUGUCAGGUCACUAGGAAUGUGUUGUUUGUUAAAUAAAGAUCUGGUUUUAGUACAUCUACCACUGUUUAUGCAGGCUUCCCAGAUUGAUGUUGAAUGUGUGAGAGUGACUUCUCUGAAAGUGAUGAUUGAUUUGUUACACAUGCAUGGUACAGAAGCUAUUAAACAUGCUGGUAAGAAGCCUACCGAAGAGCAGCUCAAUACUAGUAGUGAUUUAUAUGAGGAACCAACUGAUAAUUCUGAACAGGCAUCAAAACUGGUAGCCUUCCUUACAGCUUUCUUGGAUAGCCAGAACUCUGAACUACGUACUAUUGCUGCUGAAGGCAUGUCUAAGCUGAUGCUAUCAGGAAGAGUGGUAUCUUCAAAGAUCCUGUCUCACCUUUUAUUGUUAUGGUAUAACCCAGUAACUGAAGAUGAUACACAUCUUCGUCAUUGCCUUGGAACAUUCUUGCCAAUAUUUGCUUUUGCUGGAAGAUCUAACCAAGAAAUGAUUGAGGAAGCUUUCCUGCCCACAUUGAAGACCAUAGUCAGUGCUCCAUUAUCUAGUCCACUUGCUGAAGUCAAUCCAGACAAUGUAGCUGAAUUAUUGGUACAACUGACAAACUCAAAACUGUUACUGGAAAAUCAGAAAUCGGAAGAACAAACUACUGAGAAUCCAGGCCAUGAUAACUUAGCUAUAACGAUAUGUAAUGAAAUUCUGUCUAACCCUGAGGCCAAUACUCUGAAGGUGUUCGUCAAAGUUCUGAACCAGCUGGAAUUUUCACCUCAUAAUGUUGUUAACCUUAAAGAGAUUGCAGUGCUAACUGAGAAGAUAUCAAAAGUUAUAAAAGAUAACCAAUGUCUGAAGACAGUAGAAAAGAUCAAAGCUUAUGUUAAUUCCUUGCUUCCUGAGGAAUCUCCAAGCAUGGAGGAAGAUAAUAACACAGAUGAACAAACAGAAGCCAUGGAGGAGAAAGGUGAUGGAGAUGCCAACACAACAGUUGAUCGUUCAGCUCUUAAUGACACGGCUCAACAACUGGAAGGAUCAUUGUUUCAAGAAUCAAGAACUUUAAAGAGAAUAAAAUCCAUUACAUCAACCAAGUCAUUAGAUGCAUCAGAAUUAGAAGCUGAUAUAAGAGAAUUGCCAGUGUUCCCAGAAAUUCAGGAAGAGCCAGACACACCAAGGUUAAUAGGAGUAAAAACCCCAUCUAAAAGUCUUAAAAGAACACCAGCCAAAGGUGUAACACCUCUUAAAGGACAAACCACCAAGACAAUGAAACCAUCUAAACUGACAGAUGUAGAGAGUAGAAAUGCUGCAUCUUCUGAAGAUAACCCUGACAAUGAAACUGUAUCUUCUGGGAACGAAAAGGAAAACUCUACAUUAAGAGGCAGAACACCAACAAAAAGAAAAACUAAAGAUGAUGAAGAAAGUCCUGUUCAAAUCAAGUCACCGAAAAGUUCAUCUUCUAAGAAAUCUCCGGCAAGGAAAGAAUCCCCUUCUAAGUCUCCAGCUAGAGCAGAUAAAUCUCCUAGAGGGAGAACCCCCACAAAAAGGAAAACAACUACUGAAGAACAUAGCCCAGUUCAUAGGAAGUCAUCUAAAAAGAGUUCACCAGAUAGAGUUGAGAAAUCCCCUGGUAGAGGAAAAACACCUACUAAGAGAAAAGCAGUUACAGAUGAAACUACUUUGCAGGGCAAAUCACCUAAAAAGCCUACACCUGCUAAAAAAUCUCCCUCAAAAACAGAUAGUAUCCCUAAAAGCCGAGCAGCCACAAGAGGCCAGAAAACUAUUGAAAAAGUACAAACUCCUACCAAAGGAAAAUCACCAGUAAGAGGGAAAUCUGCAAAAUCCCCAUCCAGACCAGAAACACCUUCAAAAGGAACGCCACAAAAAGUCAAAUCUCCAACCAGGAAAGAGACUACAACUAAAGUCAAAUCUCCUAGAACAAUGACACCUACAAAGGGAAAAUCUAAUACCAGAAUGGGGACACCAACCAUGGCAACACCUCCAGUUAAAAGAACUACUAGGGGUAAAUCUCCAAAAACAAUAACUCCAACAAAAGGACAACCAUCAGCUGCAGACACAACUCCAAUAGCCAAAAAGAUUCAAAGCAAAGAAAAACCAUCCGAGAGUCCAGCUUCUGUUAGAAGUAGAAGGGCAGUAGAUCAAAAGAAAGAUACAGCUAAACCAGUUGGUAGUUUAGCCAAAAAAUCGCCAUCGCCUGUCAAAAAUACUGGUAGAAGUACAAGAGGAAAGGCAUCAUCUAUAAUCUCUGAUGAUGAGCUAUCAACUAGUUCGUCAGUUCAAUCACCAAGGGUCAAUAAAAAGGCUGCUUCAUCAGAGGAUGAGGAUGAUAUACCGUCAACCGACUCAUCUGUAAUCUCUGUCACCAGAAGUACCAGACGCAAUAGAAAUGUGUCAGGAGAACCAUCAACUAAAUCUCCUGUCCCAUCUGUCACCAGAAAUAUUAGACGUGCAAAGAAAAUGGCAAUUGAUGAUGAUUUACCUUCCACUGAUUCAACCCUGAAGUCAAGCCCUAGAAAUACUAGGAAGAAAGUACCAGCUAAAGGUACCAGAACAAAAGCCAAAAAUACUCCUUCAGUAUCUGAUGACGAAGAUACAAUGUCAACUGAUUCAUCAAUUAAAAGACCAGUCAGGGGUACCAGGAAAACAGUUAUUUCAGACAGUGAGGAAUCUGUUAAAUCUACGUCCAGAUUGACAAGAAGAAAGCCAGUAGAUACCUCAGAUGAUGAUUCUGUCAGGUCUACAGCUAGUAGUCAGCGUUCUACAGCAAGUAAAAUAUCUGAUGAUGACACAGAUUCCUCUAUUGUAUCAGGCACCAGGAGUACCAGGAAGAAAGGGUCUAUCAAAAAACCUUCCAUUACAUUGCAAGAACUAGCAGCAGACAGUGACUCUGAAAGUGGUUCACCUGCUAAGGUUUCCCAUCAUAGGAUUAAAUCAACAAGGAAAAUGACUAAAGACUUGGAAACUGUUUUGGAUGAAAGUGAUUUGGAUACUGUAUUUGAAUCUCCAUCUAGAGGAACAAGGUCUGCGGCAAAACCAACUAAAAAGGCUACAGAGGAAAAAGUUUCAAAUGAGAAGAAAGGUAAAUCAACAAGAAGCAAACCAGAUAACAAGGCACCAGAAAUCAAUCAGCCAAGAUCAAGGAGAACUCUGAGAAGCAAACAGUCAGAUUGAUUAGCAUUAGAUGACAGCAGCAGUUUAAUAUAAUUGAUACCAAAGCAUCAAUAUAAACUUUCUUAAUUUAUACCUGUUAGUCUAUUCCAUGUGUUCAUACUUUUUUUUGUAAAAGUUCUGACAUUUUAUUAUUUUAAAUUAAAAAAAUUGUACCUUG